UUGUAUCACAAAAUGUAAGGGGAAUGAACACAUAUUACCGCGGCUUGCACGAACAAAAUGUGCUAACACCAUGAUACCGAAGAAGAACAGAAGGUCCAACCUACUUUUCUUCCAAGGAGGGCUGAAGCUGAGCAGUGCUCUGCAUUAUGCGCUCGCGAAUCCGCCAUCCUCCCUCUGUUCAGUGUGUUGUUCAGUUUUUCUUGCUCAGCAAAAAUAACCGGGGACUGGAAGCUGGCAACUUGCAUUGAUUGUAUGUAUGUAGUGGAUCUGAGCGCUCCAAUACGUGCAUUGCUACGUAACAUUUUACUUGACAAACAUGGAGGUUUAUUUUGGCCUACAUUGUCUUUAUAGGGAGAUUUGAGUUUUGAUAGCUUGACCUGCUGAAACUUUAUUUUUUGACAAUAAGAGGAGCCCCCACAUUACUCAUUUUCUGCCAGCUGGAUUACAGGAUUGUAUGAUAACUUUUUAUAUUCAAGAUGCAGGUCCGAACGGUCCUUGAAGUGAAAGUUAUGGAUGUGCAGAAGAAGCGGAAUCCAUCUAAACAUUACGUGUACCUCAUCAAUGUCACAUACUCUGACUCCACCUCUCAUGUCAUCUACAGGAGAUACAGCACUUUUUUUGAUCUCCAGAUGCAGAUCCUGGACAAGUUCCCAGUGGAGGGAGGGCAGAAGGACCCCAAAAAGAGAAUAAUUCCCUUCUUACCAGGUAAACUCUUAUUUCGGCGAAGUCAAGUCAGAGACGUGGCUGUGAAAAGGUUGAAGCAUCUUAAUGACUACUGCAGAGCUGUGAUGAGGCUCCCUAACCAGAUCUCCCAGAGUGAGGAGGUGCUGAGUUUCUUUGAAACCAAGGCUGAGGACAUCAACCCUCCUAAAGAGGACUAUGGGGGAUCCACCAAACACAAAUCAGGUUUGGAUGGUGCCGAUCCUAUGCUACUGGAGCAGUACAUGGUGGUGGCCAACUAUGAGAAGCAGGAGCCGGCGGAAAUCAGCCUGCAGGCCGGCAAACUGGUAGACGUCAUCGAUAAGAGCGAGAGUGGCUGGUGGUUUGUCAGUACAGCGGAGGAGCAGGGCUGGGUCCCUGCCACAUAUCUGAAUACCCACAGCAACACACGAGAUGACCUGGAGAUGGGCGCCUCCAAGUCCAGGGAAGUCACUAAGCACCGUAAGGCCCAUCUGAAGAGGCUGGACCGGAGAUGGACCCUCGGGGGAAUGGUCAGCAGGCAGCAGAGCCGAGAGGAGAAGUAUAUGACGGUGCAGCCAUACACCAGCGAGGGAAAGGAUGAGAUCGCCUUUGAGAAAGGAGUCAUCGUGGAGGUCAUCCAGAAGAACCUGGAGGGUUGGUGGUUCAUCAGGUACCAGGAUAAGGAGGGCUGGGCCCCGGCCUCCUACCUGAAGAAGGUGAUGGAGGACUUCUCUCCCCGUAGUAGUAAUAAGAAGACCCCUUUGACUGGCCCGGUGGAGAUAAUCAGCAACAUCAUGGAGAUCAGCAACCUGCUGAACAAGAAGGCCCUGAGUGAGAAGGACGUGCAGACAGACGGCCAGCCAGAGGACAACCCCCUAACCACCCCCUCCCUGGUCAAGAGGCAGAUCAGCCUGCCCAUACCAUGCUCUAGCUCGGACUUCAGCCCUGGUGCCGCACUGGUGGAUGUUAAGGGCAAAGUAGAAUCAGCCUCUCCAGUCAUAGCCCGCAUCGCUCCUCACAGAAUAGAGAUCGGCUCCCCAAUCCUCAGACAAAAGCCACCUCCUCGCAGAGAUGCAACUCUGGGAUUCAAUUUACCCUCGCCACCAGAGCCCCCUACUGUUGAAGCAGAGUACUACACCAUUGCAGAGUUCCAGUCCGUCAUUUCAGAUGGCAUCAGUUUUAAUGGAGGGCAGAAAGCAGAUGUGAUCGAGAAGAACUCUGGUGGCUGGUGGUAUAUCCAGAUUGGUGAGAAAGAGGGCUGGGCUCCCUGCUCCUACAUCGACAAACGAAAGAAGCCCAACCUAAACCGCAGAACCAGCACUCUGAGCCGGCCCAAAGUCCCGCCCCCAGCCCCACCCGUCAAGAAGCAGGACUCUGAGGAGACUGUCCCUACCAGCAUUCCUGGUUCCGAGGCUCCAGAGUCCCCUGCAUCUCCCGGAAGGCCUGUGUACGAGGAGCCAGAAUAUGAUAUUCCUGCCAUUGGGUUUGAUCUGGAGUCAGAGUUUGAGUUCCUCAGGACAGAUGAGUCCUCAGCGGAUGGGAAGAACGAGGAUAGCUCCUCAGAGAAGGGCUCUCACCUUUCCUCCAAGCCAUCUCCGUCCUCUUCUCUCCAUAGCGCCUCCUUCAAGAUGUGCGAGUCGUCCGAGGACGUGGGGCAGGAAGAGGAGGAGCCUGAGGGAGAGGAGUGUAUCUAUGAGAAUGACUGCUUCAUGCCUUUCAGAGAGAUGCCUUAUACACAAUCCAGUGGCGACUCAGACUUCCUGAAGAUUAGUGCCCCGUUGGAGACUAGCAAAGCUGAAAACUCUCACUCCAUGUUUGGGGCAAGGAGAAAAGGGAAGACUAUCCAGCUGAACGGCAGCCAGUCCCUGUCUCAAACCAAAGCAGAGGCCGGGGCAUCCAGCUCCAAACCUGCCUCUACAGAGUCCAACCCAGAUCUCUCCAAGCAGUCCAGGCCCAAGAAGGACAAAGAGGAGCACAAGAUGGGCUCCACCAAGUCCUCCACCAAACCUAAGCCAUUGGUCAGGCCUAAGCCCCAGCUGGCCAAGGCCUCCAGUGCAGAGAAAAUGGACAUCGGCAGCCUCCGGAGACAACUUAGGCCUACAGGCCAGCUGAAGAAGGGCUCCAGAGGAGAAGACUUUGAAACAGCCUCUGUCAUCUCCUCUGAGGACUCUGUGUCCUCCCACAGCACCUCCGACAUCUCCUCCAUCUAUUCUAAAGGCAGCCGGGGAGACUCAGACGAGGGCUGCAGUCUCUACCGCACCACAGAGGCCUAUGAGAAGGUCCAGGACUCAGAGAUAAGCUUCCCUCCCGGGGUGGAAGUGGAGGUGCUGGAGAAGCAGGAGAGCGGCUGGUGGUAUGUCCGCUUGGGCGACACUGAGGGCUGGGCUCCAACCUUCUACCUGGAGCCUGUCAGGCAGCUAGACGACAAAGCUGGGUCAGAGUCCGAUGGCACCCCUACCAAACUGGGCAGCCUGAGCAAGUCCAACAGCCUGGAGAAGAAUGAGCAGAGAGUCCAGGCCUUGAACAACAUCAACCAGAGCCUAAAGAGGAGCAUACCACCCAUCCCCUCCAAGCCUUUUGGCCUGUUCAAUGGCUCUCAGAAGAAUGUUUUGAAACAGCAGCAGGUGGUCAGGCCUCAGUCGGUCUUCAUCUCCAAGCCAAUCAUCGACGGGCCAAACCCAGUAGGCUCCCUUAGGAGGGGUGAGUCACUCAAUUCCACUGACCACCCACGCUCUAGUCCCACCUUGCGCCGCAACGCUUCCUUUGGUACUACCCCGCGGUGCCCAGUGCCGAAUGGUAACAUGUCAAACCGGAACAGACCCGGCACGGGAAGCUCCGAAUCACUGGGCCGGGGGACUCAGAGGAACGGUCUACCUAUUUCCACAGUGAAACCCAAAACCCACCUCAUCCACAACAACCUCCGUGAGGUGUAUGUCUCCAUAGCGGAUUACCAUGGUGAUGAGGAGACCAUGGGGUUCCCCGAAGGAACGACUCUGGAGGUUCUGGAGAGGAACCCUAAUGGGUGGUGGUACUGCCAGAUCCUGGACGGAGGUCGACCUCGAAAAGGCUGGGUCCCUUCAAAUUACCUGGAAAGGAAGAGCUAGUGACACACUAAUAUUCAGUGCAUGUGCAAUCAGGUCAGAGACCAUGGAAGACAGUGGAAAUGGACAUGGAAAGAUACUGUUUUUUUACAGUGUAAAGAUGGAAAUCAGAAGAGACCAUUUAUAGUAUCAUUGAAGUGGUAUACUUUGUGUUUUCUAAACUGAGGGUGGCCAACCAAUCCUGCAUAUAAUUACUUGACAUUUUAUUAUUAUAAUCUGAAGUGACAAAGAAAAUACUUCAAAGUAUACUUUUUUGACAGGAUUUGAUCUAUUCACAGACAGCCGGGGGUUGGAACAAAUACCUUUGGCAUUAAAAUCAGCAAAAGGUCAAUCAAAUAUUUAACAAAAUAAUUAAACAAAGUGGUUGAUUUGAUGAAAUGUGCUUUUUAAUCCAAAAUGGAAGAAUAAUGGGAUUUGGACACCAGUGGAAGAGCUUUGGACAGCUUUGGCUGAUCAUGGUGAGAUUUUGUGAUAUGAUAACAUUACUUAAUGCUCUCCAAUGGGCUACAAAUUAUUCACUUCUAAUGAUAUUUGAUCAUAUAAUGUUUUUUUUAAUGAUUUCUUCUUUAAAGGUCCAACGCAGCCCUUUUUUUAUAUCAAUAUCAAAUCAUUUCUGGGUAAAAAUAAGUAGCUUACUGUGAUUGUUUUCAAUUAAAAUAGUCAAAAAUAAACAAAAAUAGCUUGUUAGCAAAUAGCAAUUGGUUUAUUAACUAAUUUACUCAAAUAGCUUUUACUCUAAAAGGGCAUUAUCAUAUUUUUUUUUACAAUUUCACAGUAUUAUUCCAACAUCAUAGUGUGUAAAUAUAUAUACAGUGCAUUUGCAAAGUAUUCAGACCCCUUCCCCUUUUCCACAUUUUGUUACGUUACAGCCUUAUUCUAAAAUGGAGGAAAUCCUCAGCAAUCUACACACAAUACCCAUUACGACAAAGCAAAAACAGGGUUUUAAAACCUUAUUUACAUAAGAAUUCAGACACUAUGCUAUGAGAAUCGAAAUUAAGCUCACCUGCAUCCUGUUUCCUGUUUUGAUCAACCUUGAGAUGUUUCUACAACUUGAUUGGAGUUCCUUGAUUGGAGAAACUUCCAGAAGGACAACCAUCUCUGCAGCACUCUACCAAUCAGGCCUUUAUGGUAGAGUGGCCAGACGGAAGCCACUUCUCAGUAAAAUGCAGAUGACAGCCCGCUUGAAAUUUAACAAAAUGCACCUUAAUGUCUCUCAGACCAUGAGAAACAAGAUUCUCUGGUCUGAUGAAACCAAGAUUGAACUCUUUGGCCUGAAUGCCAAGCGUAGCGUCACGUCUGUAGGAAACCUGGGACAGAGUACAGAGAGAUCCUUGAUAAAAUCCUGCUCCAGAGCGCGACCCUAAGUACACAGCCAAGACAACGCAGGAGUGGCUUCGGGACAAGUCUCUGAAUGUCCUUGAGUGGUCCAGCCAGAGCCCGGACUUGAAACCUGAAAAUAGCUGUGCAGAAACACCCCUUCCAACCUGACAGAGUUUAAGAGGAUCUGCAGGGAAGAAUGGAACAAACUCCCCAAAUACAGGUGUGCCAAGCUUGUAGCUUCAUACCCAAGAAGACUCAAGGCUGUAAUCCCUGCCAAAGGUUUUUCAACAAAGUACUGACUAAAGGGUCUGAAUACUUAUGGAAAUGUAAUAUUUCAGUUUUUUAUUUUUAAUACAUUUGCAAAAAUAUCUUAAAACCUUUUUUUGCUUUGUCACUAUGGGGUAUAAUUUGUAGAUUGACAAGGAUUUUAUUUUUUUGAAUAAGGCUAUAAUGCAACAAAAUGUUGAAAAAGUCAAGAGGUCUGAAUACUUUCCGAAUGCAUUGUAUAUAUAACACAGAAAAAUGUAGUUUUUGCCUGCACUGGACCUUUAAAGCUUUUUGCAUGUUUAAAAUGUUUUGUUUAAGUAAACAUUUAUCUUGAAAUGCUUUGUAUGUUGUAUUUAAAAGGUCUGUUGCUACACCUUCUCAUAUGUUAAAUGCCAUCUGCAGAAUGUCUUGUGCAUGUUUUUAAGUCACUUUGUUAUGAAGCUUAAUGUAUAUUUCAUGUAAUAUUGUUUCAUAUGGCUAUGUGUGUAUGGCAUAUUGUUGUAGAGCUUUGUGAAUGUGUUCUAUCAGUUCAUUUACAGCAUGUAAGUCAUUUGAAACCUCUUAAAAGCUACAGUCUGAGAUUUGAAAAACAAAAAUAAACAGCUGAGGGAUAGGGCUAGGACAAUUUUGGUUUAUGACAAAGACAGACAGUUGUGCUGAAGGCAUUUAUAAGAAUUUUCUUCCAGAAUCAAUGGGUAAAUAUGAAGAAUUGAAAUAACCAUUAAACAGCUUCCCAAGUUGCGGACUGUAGCUUUAAUGUAAUUCUUUAUCAAUGUUUCAUGAUUUUCUUGAUGACACUCUACCUAAUGUUUUAUACGUACAGUAUGUAUCAUUCGCCACCUUAGAAGUGUAUUUCUGCUCUGGUCUUGUGACAAAAUAAGUCAGCCUACUGUAUAUUUGAAGGAGUGGUAAAUCAGCACAUUUUUUUCGCUCUUCAGAAUCGUCUAUUAAACCGUACAUUUUAAUGAACUACCUUUUAAGGUGUUUGCUAGGUUGUAAAAAAAAAUUACAAAAUAAAUGAUGAGCUGCUUAUGCACUUCCAUUAUUUAAUUUAAUUUACCAGAGCAAGGAAUAUUGGACUUGAAUAUUGGAAUUGAGGCUUUGCAUUGGCUUUCAAAACCAAACCCCAGCGAUGUGUUGAAUAGCAAUUCUAAUUCCAAUAACUUUAAAUUGUGAUCUUAUCUGAGAGGGAACAAAUCGAUUACAUUUAAAAUCCUUUAUUUAUACCACAAGGGGCUUGCAGGCAGCAGUGCAAAUGCAUAAAACAAUGACCCACCUGGUGCUACUCAUAACUCAUAUCGGGAAAGACUUUGAUACUCUUGCCCCUUUGAAAAGGAGGCACAUACAGUAUUUAAAAAGGUGUACUCUUAAUAAUGCUGUGUAGUAUAAAUGUUUAUGUUUGAACAUAUAUUCUAGCUACAUAACUUUUUAAAUGAAGUAUUUCAAGUAAUUAAUUCCCUAUUUUGAACUAACAUCUAGUUACAUUGAGUUAAUCUUACCCGGUUUUACAUAAAAUGGAAUAGAACUGAUUUAUCUAUGGAUAGGUCACAUUACAUACUUUCUUGCCCAAGCCCAAAAUUCUCAAUUUAUUUUAAUAAAGCUGGCCCUCUUAUGGCUGAUGUUCAAGACUGCUGAAAUAUGGUUCCAAUGAAUGAUCCUAUUCUGCCAGUUUUAUUUGACAUACAAGUGUCCUUUGUCAUUGUCUGCUGGACAGUAUGGAAUCUAACUUUAGUUUUAGAGCUUGCUACAUUACAGAAAUGUUAUUUAUAUUAUUCAGCAGAGAGAACGUUCAUUUUAUGAUUACAUGUGAACAAUAAUAAUGAAUUAAUUGUGAAUAAAUGCACUUUCUGCAUUA